AGAGGAUCAGUGAACAGUGGGCACAGCGGACCAGUGAGUACAGAGGGCCAGAGGAACAGUGGGAACAGAGCAAUAGUCUUUAUCGAAGGGUAAAGUGAGUGGGUACAGGGGAUCAGUGAACAGUGGGCACAGCGGACCAGUGAAUACAGAGGACCAGAGGAACAGUGGGAACAGAGGAAUAGUGGGAACAGAGGAAUAGUGGGAACAGAGGAAUAGUGGGAACAGAGGAAUAGUGAGAACAGAGGAAUAGUGGGAACAGAGGAAUAGUGGGAACAGAGGAAUAGUGGGAACAGAGGACCAGUGGAACAGUGGGCACAUAGGACUAGAGGAACAGUGA